AAUGAAAAUCAAUAAUACUAUAAAAUUGGCGACAAUUUUCUACACAGUAUCAACUGUUUCAGUAGAAGCGGUGCUCAAAUGCUUGUCAGGACACUCCCAAUAUGCUACACAAUGUACAUCACAAUCCUAUUGCGUCUCGAUCACAUCAAAAAAUGGCCCCGUACAGCGAAGUUGUGACGGUAACUCAAUUUCCCAGAUCUCACUGUGCUCAAUGUAUGCAAUGCAUGGAAUUCCUAGAACAAUCCAGACGGACUACUCAAGCUUUCCAAUUUCACUUGGAGGACCGUCUUCGCAAGCCGCCCCUGUCCCAAAAAGCUCAUCAUCCCGAAGCUCCCGCCGUGCUCCAAUGCAAAUGUGCUUCAACGCCGGUGACUUGGGAGAUGUCUGCUGCUGUAACACGGAUUACUGUAACUCCUCACGUCUGAAGAACUAUGUGAUAAUUAUCGUAUUUCCCAUUUUCUAUUGGUUAUGGAAUUAGGGAAACGCACUGGAAAAAUAAUUCCGCAAAAAUAUUAUCGCUGAAAUUGUGAUACUUUUCCAUGGGUAAAAAAUAAUGAUCCAAACUUUUUUGUUAGAUUUUCUAUUGUAUAUUUAUUCAAAUAAUUGUAAGUUGGCACAACUUUUUUAUUGUCAUGUCUAAAUGUCAAAUAAAGUACUGUAUGA